GCGGAAGUAAGCUAAAGACCUUGCUUAGGAGCCUCGACGCUUCUACGGCGGCACAAAAGCUGCACCACUGGGCUUCGGGGCUAGUACCAGCAAAGGACAAGAUCGUUUACGGCUGCAACUCGUCUACAUGCGAAACGGUAACAGUUGAUAGUUUAUUGCAGGGUCGUAUGAGGAACGAGAAGUUGGGCACUAUCCUCCCGCCCGGUAUUGAGGAGAUUCAGUUAGUCGCUGGAAGCCCGUACUUGCUUGAGGAGAUGCCUGGCGAACAUUCGAGCAUUCCUGAAGUAGACGGUGAGUGGAGCUUCAGAACAAGUCAAAUGCGACAGAUCCGCGAGGCUUUGGGAAUCAACGCGGAGGACUUGAACGAGGAUCGGUACGCCGCCGUGGCUAGGAAGAAGUACAAUCUGUCGGGAGCUAAACUCGAGGGCUAUCUCGCGCACCUGCGCACGCAAGCGGAAGAGCACCUUGGGCACACGCUUGCGGCCAUCGGCAAGGAGAAAGACCCAGCCCACCAACGCAAGGUGGUCAACCUUGUUUUUGCUUGGCGGAAUUUGAACGGGUCCGAGGGCUGGGAGGGGUUUCCGGGGACGAUCCGCAAAAGCAAACUGAUCGAGAUUAGCGUCGAUGCGAUUAUGGCGCUCCUCGGAC